CACUACAUAUACUACAUGGUUACAUUGAGUGAUACAAAAUAAAGCUAAAAAAUUAUAUCAGUUUUAACAACUCGAAUAUUAGAAUGGCGCGCAGUUUGUCGAAGGUGCUAAUAAAAUAUCAACGUGAUGAGGAGGCUAACAUCUUACGCAUGGCUAAGGAUUUGGAUGAAUCUAGUAAAGCACUAGUGCGUGAGCUCUAUGAACCGCUAAAAAUAACUAGCGAGGAUUUGUCUCGCGAAUACACUGAAAGUGAUAAAAGGAAACUCUGUUUGCGGACUAAAGUCCGUGUUAAUAUGACACUCUUCAACUGUGUGUGGGAUGCAAAACAACGCUUGGAGAAAAAAGGACGCUUAGUAAAUCGGUCGGAGCGCUUCAUCAAUGCGAUGCUGGUAAAAGCAGUGGCCAAGAAAAUGGUAUUUCCCUAUUCCGACGAGUCGAUAAGAAAAUACAAUCAUAUAAAACAAUGCCAACUGAAAAAGGAUAACAAUCAUAGACUGUAUCGUUGGAGUUUGGAGUCUACAGAAGACUGUAUGCUCGACCACAGCCAUCCAAGUCCAUCUUUGUUGCUGGCUCAAAUACCCAAUCCGACACUUCCCAACAACGAACAACAUUCAUUAGAAUUGCCAUUUAAAGAUACAGCUACACAAAAUUCAGAAUCACCGCUGGAGAACUUAGCUAAUGGUCCUGAAAUGUGGACUAUUGACAGAUCAUCAGGAGCGGAAAACGAAUCAACUACAGAAAAUGUACAGAGUUUAAAUUUGCAGGAACUCGGACCACACACUGAUUGGGCCGAGGCUGCUGCACAAAUCAAUACGGAGUCCAUGACAAUUGGUACUUUGGAAUUCGAUUUGCAAAUGCAACCAACUGAAAGCCAGCCCAUCCUGCAAACUGAGGAUUAUGAUAACUUCAAUACACAAGUUCCGGCCACAUCCACGCAAACACAGCCACAAUCAGAAUGUACCGAGCCAUUCCUUUAGAUUAAUUAUAAAAGU